AUGACUUGGAAGAUGAAGAAACCAAGACAAAAGUUUUAUUCUUCUAUUUCGGGUUCUGGGAAUUCUUUGUUUGAAAAGAAUGCAUCUGAAUUUAGUGAUUUUCAUUCUGGAUUUGUGAAUGAUGAUGAAAAGAAUGUUGAAUUGGAAGUUUCUGUUGAUGGGUGUCCAAGGGAUGAUGAAUUGAAGAAGCUUAAACAGAAUGAUCAAUCUGGAAUUGACUUGUGUGAUCCUGAAAUCCAGAAGGGAAUGGAAUCUACAGAAGUGUUUGAUGUUCAUGAUCCUGAAUUGGGGGAAAAUUCUUGUGACAGAACAAACAUGGCUGCUCCUGACUAUGAAAUCUCAAUUGAUUAUAAGAAAAAAGGCCACUACGAGUGCAGGGCCUGCAACAAGGUCUUUCACUCUUACCAAGCACUUGGAGGCCACCGAGGUAGCCAUAAGACAAUCAAUAGCAGCUCUGUGCUGAAGAUGGAGCGCUGCAAAAAAUCUAUCCAAGCAAACCUUUUCUGUGGUAUUGAAGCUAAUUCCAAGCUUGACAAGCAUGAAUGCAGUGAGGAUUCACCCAAGGAGGGACUUGGUGGAGUGGCUGUGACGAGUUGGGAGUUGGAAAAGAGCAAGGAGCACAAAUGCCCGGUCUGCUUUAAGGUUUUUGCAUCAGGCCAAGCUUUGGGAGGUCACAAGAGGGCUCAUUAUGCCGGUUUCUCUGAAAGCGGCGGAGCCAAAGAGAGUGUGUUAGUAGAGCAAGAGCUUCCUGUUAUUCACAACACAUUCGAUGUUAAUCUCACAUUGCCUCUUGAAAAAGAGGCCACUGAUGAUGUUAGGUUCAAUCUUUGGUGGUUUGGAAGCAACCACGAGCAUGAGCCACUAGUGAUCUCUAAUUGA